AUGCUUUUGGAAAAAGAACUCCAUCGGAAGACUAUACAACACUAUCGAGGUAUUGAUCUUCGUUCAUUGAUUGAAGGAAAACCACUUUUACGAACGUAUUUGCAAGCUUGUUUGCCAUACGGACAGACGUUUCUGUUUGUUCAUUUCUCGGCCUAUUUCAUAGAAAGUGAAUCAUUCAAUCAACCAAAAUUCGAUUAUAAUGCCACAUGGAAUCCUAAUGCUAUAACAGUCGCCAAUAUUAGCAGUGUUGGAACUACACCAACUAAUCUAUUCAUAGAUACUAAUAACACACUUUAUAUAUCUGCGCUUGGCUUUCAUCGUGUCCAAGUUUGGUUUGAGGGGUAUACCAUACCGACUAAAACCUAUUCUACAAUACCUAACAGCCCGUACUCUGUUUUUGUUUCGGAUGAUGAAGCCUUUUACGCUAGCAUAGAUUCGAAUCCUUCUUAUAUACUCAAAUGGAACCUAUCCGCAAAUCAUAGUAUAAAUAUCUUGAAUACAGGUGUAUCCUGUUAUAGUUUAUUCGUCGAUGCUGAAAACAACUUAUACUGUUCCAUGAAUACUCUUCAUUUAGUCACUAAAACGGUGUUUAAUAACAGUGUCUCUUUGACAAGAACAGUUGCUGGAAAUGGUUCUAAUGCUUCACUUUCAAGCAUGCUAAGUGGACCGCGUGGAAUUUUUGUGGAUCGCUGUUUAACCCUCUACGUAGCAGACUGUGGUAAUAACAGGAUUGCGGUAUUCCAGUCUGGACAGUUGAAUGCUUCCUCAAUACUAGGAAACCUUACCGACCAAUUCCAGUGUCCUAGUGGAAUUACAAUGGACGCCGAUGGAAAUUUAUUCAUUGUCGACUGUAAUAAUUUUCGAAUUGUCAGAUCCACAUCCGGUGGAUUCUCUUGUGUAGUUGGAUGCACUGGUGCUGCUGGAUCUUCAUCUGACAAACUGAAUCAACCGGCAGCUCUAAGCUUUGAUAGUUACGGCAAUUUGUAUGUUGUGGAUACUUACAAUAAUCGCGUCCAAAAGUUUUUCUUGACAAAAAACAUGCCUAUCACACCAUCAUCGAAUACUGUUCAAACAACUACGACAGCUACUCAAGCUUCAAUUUCUCAUACGACAGAUUUAAAAACUACUUUCUAUUUCACAGCGACAACUUCGGAUGACAGCACCACUAUACUGAUCAACAGUAAUAUCACUCAACAAAUAUCUACAGUUUUUCGUGCAUCGCCGUGUGCUAAUUCAUCAAUUAUUGGUUCUCACUGUAAUAUCACCAGUACCCCUUGUCAAAUUUUACAACCAUGCAAAAAUUCGGCCAACUGCACCAACAACGUCACGACUUAUACUUAUAUAUGCUCGUGUUUACCCGGCUUCAACGGUACUCAUUGUGAAUUCGAUCGGCGACCGUGCAAACCAAACACUUGUUCCAAUCAUGGUACAUGCAAUGCAACGUCCAACACUACGUUCAUUUGCACGUGUUUAGUCGGCUGGCAAGGCGUUCAAUGUGAGCUGGCAGUGGAUUACUGUGCAAAUGUCACGUGUGAAAACAAAGCUGUUUGCCGUUCGUUGUCAAAUGACUACGAGUGCGGAUGUAUUAGUGAAAGUUAUACUGGCCGUCAUUGCGAGCAGACAUCCAGCACACAAGUAGUGCAUCAAGUAGUUACAAAAACGAUUGGUUAUAUUGGCAUCGUUGCAAUCAUCAUUUGUGUAUCGUUCAUUGCUCUAAUGGACAUAUUGAAAUUUGGUUUUGGAAUGUAUCCGAAAGAGAAAAAAUCGACACAGAAACAGAAGCGUAAACGUCAGUUAGCGUUUUCUGACGAUUAUCUUGAAACUACGUCGUGUUUUGAACAUUGGUUUUAUAGCGGAAGAAGUCUUUAUGUUGAUCAUGUAAAUAAUGAUUUAUACUGUGCACUCGGUGACAGAGAUCGGGUGAUCAAAGCUUCGCUCAAUAGUAGUACGAAUCUAACAACAACAGUCGCUGGGAAUGGAACCAGUGAUUCGGCUGUAAACAUCAUGGAUACGCCACGAGGCAUCACUAUACACCCUGACUUCAGUUUACAUGUGACAGACUAUGAAAAUAGUCGUGUCCAGCUUUUCGAACUAUACAGUACAACAAUAAUGGGGUGGGGUGUGGAUAAGAGUGCGUCAACAUGUGCCGAUUCAUCAAUUAAAGGCAUGCACUGUAUCAAUAACAAGAAUAACAUCACCAUGACUUAUACCUGUACUCGCUCGUGUUCAGCCGGCUGUCAAGACGUUCAGUAUGAGCUGGCAACGGAUUACUGUGCAAAUGUCACGUGUGAAAACAAGGCUAUUUGCCGUUCGUUGGCAAAUGACUACGAGUCCGAAUGCAUUAGUGGAAGUUAUACUGGCCGUCACUACGAGCAUACAUCCAGUACAUAA